AUGGCGCCGACGCCGAUGGCCGGGGACGGCCCGAUCGCCGCGGUGGCCCCGCGCACCCCUCCCCCGCCGUCCGCCUCGGCCGAAGCGUCGGCCUCCGGCUCCGGCUCCGGCGGCGCCGCGGGGUCGGCGGCCGAGGCGCCCGUGCUGAUAUUCGUCUACUUCCACAAGGCGAUCCGCGCGGAGCUGGACAGGCUGCACGCCGCGGCGGUGCGGCUCGCCACGGAGCGCGGCGGGGACGGAGACGCCGCGGCGCUCGACACGCGCUGCCGCUUCCUCUUCUCCGUCUACAGGCACCACUGCGACGCCGAGGACGCGGUUAUCUUUCCAGCACUCGAUAUUCGAGUCAAGAAUGUCGCAGGGACGUAUUCCCUUGAGCACAAAAGGGAAAAUGAUCUCUUUGCCCACCUGUUCUCUCUAUUAAAGCUUGAUGUACAUAGCGAUGAUAGUGUCCGGAGGGAGAUUGCAUCCUGUGCUGGAGCAAUUCGAACAUUUAUAACUCAACAUAUGUUCAAGGAAGAAGAACAGGUCUUCCCAUUGCUGAUCACAAAGUUUUCAUAUGAAGAGCAAGCUGAUUUAGUCUGGCAGUUCAUAUGCAACAUCCCUGUAAACAUGAUGGCAGAUUUUCUUCCAUGGCUUUCAUCUUCUGUUUCACCUGAUGAGCACCAAGAUAUUCUUAACUGCUUACAUAAAAUAGUUCCUCAAGAGAAACUUCUCCAACAGGUUGUAUUUGCAUGGAUAGGAGGGAAAGAAGUAACUGUGGCACACGAUUUUGACAAUUCUUGUUCAAAAGGCGGUUAUAGAUGCGAGGAUAUCUCUCACCAAACAGACAAGCAAAUAUGCUCACAUGAGAAUUCUAAAAUUGGAAAGAGGAAGUAUGCAGAAUCUAAUCAUAGUCAGCUUGUAACACAUCCUAUAGAUGAGAUAUUGUAUUGGCACGAUGCUAUCCGGAAAGAAUUGAGUGAUAUAGCAGAGGAGACAAGAAAGAUCCAGCAGUCUGGAGACUUCUCCAAUGUAUCAGCCUUCAAUGUGAGGCUUCAGUUUAUUGCAGAUGUGUGCAUCUUCCACAGUAUUGCUGAGGAUCAGAUUAUAUUUCCUGCAGUUGAUGGCGAAGUGUCCUUUGAGCAGGAGCAUGCUGAACAAGAACAGCGGUUUAACAAAUUUAGAUGUUUAAUUGAAGAAAUCCAAACAGCUGGAGCCAGAUCAACUGCGGUGGAUUUUUACUCCGAGUUAUGUUCACAGGCUGAUCAGAUAAUGGAGGAAAUGGAGAAGCACUUCAACAAUGAGGAAACAAAGGUACUUCCUCAAGCUAGGAUAAAUUUCUCACCAGAGAAACAAAGAGAACUUCUAUAUAGGAGUCUUUGUGUCAUGCCACUGAAGUUAUUGGAGAAGGUUUUACCAUGGUUUGUAUUAAAGAUGGAUGAUGCAAAUGGACAGUCUUUUCUUCAGAAUAUGUUCCUGGCAGCACCUUCCUCUGAAACUGCACUGGUUACUCUUCUCUCCGGCUGGGCAUGCAAAGGUCGUUUGAAGGAUAUAUCCAACUCGGGAAAAUUCAUAUGCUUGCCAUCAGGAGCACAGGGCUGCCCGUUGGAUGGAGAUGAGUUAAAAAGUUGUCAGUCAUUCUGCCCAUGUUCAUUGGCCAGCAACGGAACUUUUUCAGUACCUUUGCAGACAGAAAACGGUUCAAGGCCAGUCAAGCGAGGGAAUCGUGCAGAAUCUAUUACGAACAGAAAUCACUGCUCACAAACUACUGACAUUGAAGAGUCUCGAUGUAGCAAGAAACCUUGCCACAUUCCUGGGUUAAGAGUGGAAAGUAGCAACUUUGGUGCUGAUUUAUUUACUUCUGUAAACUCUUUUCGCUCACUGUCUUCCAGUUAUUCUGCACCUUCUUUACACUCAAGUCUUUUCUCAUGGGAGACAGACACGACGACAUUUUCCAGCCCAGAUAGCAUCUCUAGGCCAAUUGAUGCAAUAUUCAAAUUUCAUAAGGCGAUUCGCAAAGAUUUAGAGUACUUAGAUGUUGAAUCUGGAAAUCUCAUUGAUGGAGAUGAAUCUUGCCUUCGCCAGUUCGUCGGAAGAUUUCGCCUACUGUGGGGUCUUUACAGAGCACAUAGCAAUGCUGAAGAUGACAUUGUCUUCCCUGCUCUUGAAUCGAAAGAUGCACUACAUAAUGUCAGUCACUCAUACACCCUUGAUCACAAACAGGAAGAAGAAUUAUUUAAAGAUAUAUCAACCAUACUGCUUGAGCUUUCACAUUUACGUGAUGAUUCGGCUCACCCCAUUGAUGAAAUUGAUGAAGCUGGAAAAGGCCAUAUUUGUUCAUACAGUGAGAUUGAUUGGUCCAGAAAGCAUAAUGAACUUUUGACAAAGCUUCAAGGAAUGUGCAAGUCUAUCCGGUUUACCCUGUCUAAUCACGUGCAUAGAGAAGAACUUGAGUUGUGGCCACUGUUUGAUAAACAUUUCUCUGUGGAUGACCAAGAUAAGAUUGUAGGUCGUAUAAUUGGAUCUACAGGAGCUGAGGUUCUGCAGUCAAUGAUACCUUGGGUUACAUCGGCACUUAGUCUAGAUGAACAGAACAAGAUGAUGGAUACAUGGAAGCAGGCAACGAAGAAUACAAUGUUUGAUGAAUGGCUAAACGAAUGGUGGAAGAGUUCACCAACUUCAUCUGACCCCUCAAAUGAGGCCUCCUCCCUUUCAGAAGAAAGCCAAGAAAACCUUGACCAGAGUGAUCAGAUGUUUAAGCCUGGUUGGAAGGACAUUUUCCGAAUGAAUCAAAGUGAGCUCGAGGCUGAGAUACGAAAGGUUUCUCAAGAUUCUACUCUUGAUCCAAGGAGGAAAGCAUAUCUAAUCCAAAAUCUCAUGACGAGCCGCUGGAUAGCUGCUCAGCAGAAAUCACCACAACCAAGAUCAGAAGAUCAUAAUGGAUCUACUGUAAUACCUGGAUGUUUUCCUUCUUAUCGAGAUCCAGAGAAACAAAUAUUGGGUUGUGAGCAUUACAAAAGAAACUGCAAGCUUGUUGCUGCCUGCUGCAAUAAGCUGUUCACAUGCAGGUUCUGUCAUGAUAAAGUUAGUGAUCAUACAAUGGAGAGGAAAGCAACUUUGGAGAUGAUGUGCAUGUUAUGUAUGAAAGUUCAGCCAGUUGGUCCAAAUUGCCAAAGUCCUUCUUGCAAUGGGCUAUCAAUGGCAAAAUAUUAUUGCAGUAUAUGCAAGUUUUUUGAUGAUGAAAGGAGUGUGUAUCAUUGCCCUUUUUGCAAUUUGUGUCGUCUUGGGGAAGGAUUGGGCACCGACUUCUUCCACUGCAUGAAAUGCAACUGUUGCCUCGGCUUGAAACUGAAAGAACACAAAUGUCGGGAGAAGAUGCUCGAGAUGAAUUGUCCAAUCUGUUGCGACUUCCUAUUCACGUCAAGUGCAGCAGUUAGAGGUCUUCCAUGUGGGCAUUUCAUGCAUUCAGCAUGCUUUCAGGCAUAUACUUGCAGUCACUACACCUGUCCAAUCUGCAGCAAAUCCUUGGGAGAUAUGACGGUGUACUUUGGAAUGCUCGACGGCUUGCUGGCUGCGGAAGAGCUUCCUGAGGAAUACCGGAAGCGGUGCCAGGAUAUACUCUGUAAUGACUGCGGAAGAAAAGGGCUUUCCCGGUUCCACUGGCUGUAUCACAAAUGCGGCGCCUGCGGCUCGUACAACACCAGAGUUAUCAAGACCGAGGCACCAGAUUGUUCCACGUCGAAUUAA